GUGAUACAUUGUUACAACAGGCACCUAGAUACAUACAAGUAGAUGGUGUUGAGAGCUUGGAGGUAGAUGCCACUGAAUAUAGAUGCUGUACAGGUAGUUGUUGUACAAAUAGAUGUAGCGACGACACCGAUAUAUACUACAGGGAGAUACAGAUAGAUGAUAUAGCAAUGGACAGGACGGGGACCACAGCUGGCGGUAACACUCGCUCCACCGUCAUAAGGAAGAAGUCGACCCACAGGGCGCCUCCUUUGCCCAGAAAUGACACCAAGAUGUUCGCGCCAACCACACCCAGCCGAUGGAGGACUCCUAAUCGAACUAACAUUGCAGACGACUGGCAAGAAAACAAGACCCUGUCCGAAUGCACGCUUCACAUGUUAGACCACCAGGUGGCGUGUGAUGUUCACUUCCGGGUCGGGCAGACGAGAGAAAAAAUUAGUGCGCACAAGUUCCUGCUCAUCAGCCGGUCCAGCGUCUUCUUCGCGAUGUUCCAGGGGCCGCUGGCAGAAACCAAUGAUGAGAUUGAUAUCCCGGAUAUUGACCCGGAAGUGUUCUGGGAGUUCCUCAGGUUCCUGUACGCUGAAGAAGUGAAUCAUAGUGUGAGGACUGUGAUAGGACUUAUCUACGCUGCCAAGAAAUAUGCAGUCAAGAGACUGGUCAUGUCCUGUGUGAAGUUCGUUGAGAGUUACCUUACUGUUGAGAAUGCUUGUGAAGUCCUGGAACAAGGCUACAUCCUGGACGAGCUGGCUCAUGCCAUCCUCAACUUCAUCACCCAGAACGCAUCCAGUGUCCUAGCAACCGAUGGCUUCCGGAACAUAUACCAACCCUGUUUGAACCAGGUCCUGAGCUCAGAUAAGCUGGAAGUCGAGGAGACGAAGGUCUUACAGGCAAUCCUCAACUGGGCAGAUGCUCAGUGUCGAAUGCAAGGAAUAGAACCGACUGGUCCAAAUCUGAGACAGGUGCUUGGAGAUUCACUAGACUGUGUUCGCUUUCCUCUUCUGGACCCUCGGUAUUUUGUAGACUCUGUGGCCACUCAGGGAUUGUUCACCAAGGAAGAAUGUUUCACUAUGGUCCAGUGUUAUGCUAUUCCUGAGAGGUGGACCCAGUGUUUUAAGUUUAAGACAAAAACUAGAAACAUCAAGGAGUAUCACGUGUGUAGCCGAUUCACCGACGUCGACGGCUCAAGAGACAGCUAUGGAACAGAUGCAGUCAAACUGAUUUGUUUGAAAGAGAUCUACCUCCAUGGCUAUAGUGUUUACGGCCCCUUCGAUGGAAACAAUUCACAGUAUUCUAUUAACACGGUCCUGUACGACAAGAAUGAUGACAUCAUUCAUGCACAAGUCACCAACGUUGUGGACAAUGCCAAAUAUCUGAAAGUCAUGUUCAACACAAAGCUGAAACUCGAUGGCAAUGUCUGGUACACACUGUUGGUCAAGAUUCGAGGUCCUCCAACAUUUAAAGGACAUAACAGCAUCUCCUUUGUGAAAAACAGUGACGUUACCUUGACCUUUGCUUACUGUAAGAAAGGUACUAGAGACACGUCCGGGAAGGAGGGGCAGAUUCCACAGCUGUUCUACACUCUAGUUGAUGCAGAACAGGGUUGAUUUCUUUGUCUAGUCAGGAGAGAUACAUGACAGUUGAGUGAGUGGUGCGUGAGUGAUUGCGAGUGAGUUAUAUCCUUGUCUGUAUACUUCAAUCAUGUUGAAUGCCAGAGCCUGCGUGCAGUGUAUGGGUGUCUUUGUACAUGAGUGAGUGAGUGAGUGAGAGAUCACUGACUGUCAUAUAUUGACCAGUCAUAACUAGUGGCCAAAUGUGUGAGGCAAUAUUCAGUGUGAGGUCAGUCAUUUAUUCAUACUUAGCAGCCAUUUUGUCCACCAAAUCCCCACUCAUCACUUAUGAACAACAGGAAAUGGAUGCCCCUUAACGUGACGAGCAUCAGUUCAUAUUAAAGAAACGUUUGUACAUUGUUAUCAUUGUGUGAUUACAGUUACAGUAUAUGUUAUGUUUGAUGUCUUCCCACACUCUCAGAUUCAGGAAAUACUCAAUGUCCAUUCAGUGUAUAUAUUUUAUAUCAAGUCAGAUACUCAUGUUACACUCAGGUGGCCUUUAUUUCUUUGUGCUUGGUUUCAUGCAUGUUUUUCUUUAUAUUUAGGGGAAGGGAAGUUAAACAUUCAUGGCUAAACCUAUUCAGGGGAGUUAUCGGACAAUAAUAUUUUCAAAUUUCCAAUUUCAAGUAUGUUUGUUAAUUUCAUAUCAAGUAGGUAAGAAACAUAUAUAAUAUAAAUGUAGUGAUGCAUACUUCAACAGAUUUUGAUUACAGUAGUUUUUUUUAAUUUGUUUAUAUAGCAUGCAAAACCAAAUGAUCUUGGGUUGUUUUUUUCCCCCAUAUUUCUGGCUUAAUUAAAAAGAAAACAAACUGAUUUUCACUUUUUACCUUUCAAUUUUAAUGAAAAAGAAAACAAACUGAUUUUCACUUUUUACCUUUCAAUAUUUUUUAGCAUGGUCAGUAACCAAGUAAAAAGAUCAUGGCCUUGUAGUCUUCAUACAAUAAUAAAACUCAAGACA